AUGCCGUUCCUGGACAACCAAGUCAAUUUCAAGAACCAAUACAUCCCAGGAAGUGGGGAGGGACAUGCACUGGAACCCAAAAAGGCUGAGCCUCUUCCCAAGGACACAGUCAAGCAGCUUGUACGGGACGCAUUUACAAGUGCCGUCGAGAGACAUAUCGAGGUUGGUGAUGGCUUGCAAAUGAUGAUUAUUACCCGGGAAGGAGUCGAGGAGGUGUACCACCCUUUGAAGAAGGAUUAG